UUCAUCUCCAAAUUUACCAAAUUUAUCCUAAAUUAUUUAUUUUAAUUAAAUAAUUAUGUAAAAUAAUUAAUUAUUCUGUAAUAUAUUGUGAAAUAAUGUGAAAUAAUGUGAAAUAUAUUGAGAAUGGGAUAAUGUUGAGAUCAUUUAAUUCUAAUGGUUUGAAGGUGUAUUCGCUGUCUUCUGGUAAAUCCAUACCGCAAUUCGCUCUAGAAGCCUUAAAAAAUAAAUCCAAACUCAAGGGUGAUGUGGAAUAUGAGCAUAGGAUUGAGUUGAUUCAUGAUUUGGAGUUUCCGCAAUGUUGUAACACUGUUACCAUUUCCCCCGAUUUACGCUACAUCAUCGCCACAGGAACUUAUCCCCCUCAAAUUGGAAUUUAUGAUACGGUUGAGUUAUGUUUGAAGCACCGUCGUGGGAUUGACAAUGAGGUCAUUAAAACCUGUUUCCUGGCCUCGGAUUAUACUAAAUUGGCCUUCCUAUGCCAUCAAAGAUAUAUUGAAUUUCAUAACCGUGGCGGUACACACCAUAAAAUAAGAGUGCCUAGAGAGGGAACGGAUAUGAUUUAUGUAUCAGAUUACGCCACUGUCAUAACCACCACCACUUCCAACCAUAUCUACAAGGUGAAUGUGGAGCGUGGAGUGUUUGAGGCGCCGUUGGAGUCGAAAUCUGGAGUGCUGAACUGUGUGUGUGAGAAUCCAAUCCUGCCACUAAUCUCAGCCGGAGGCUGCGGAGUUUUAGAAAACUGGGACCUACGCACUAACUCACCAGUCUCAUCACUACAUCUCACAAACACCAAUGAACAAGUGACGUGUUGUGGUUAUUCUGUGAAUGGGUUGAAGGUGGUGGUUGGUACUGAGUUUGGUGGUGUGAAGUUGUUUGAUAUAAGAAAUUCUAAGCCGCUUUGGGAAUACAAUUCAAUCUCCAAAUUAACAAUCAAAUCACUACAAUUCAUUAACUCAAUCAAUCAUUAUUCUGUUGAAAUUGGUGAGAAUGCGUUGAUUGGUUUUUGUGAUAGUAGGAGUGUGCGUGUGCAUUCGAUGGACACUGGCGCGUUUGUCGCAUCAAUUGAAGGCUUAAAUGAGAAGCAAACUUUUACUAACAUCAACGGGUUCUCCUUCUAUCCAGACACCGGAAUCUGCUUCAUCGUAGGAGAUCAAACCAGAGUCGGGACCUACUUCAUACCACACAUCGGACCCGCUCCAACAUGGUGUACAUUUUUGGAGAAUAUAACUGAGGAGAUGGAGGUGCCGAAUGCAACAAAUACGGGAGUGAUACCGAAGCAGCAGAUUUAUGACGAGUUUGUAUUUGUAACCAAGGAACAACUCGACGAACUCUCAGCAUCAGACCUCAUCGGAACCAACUUAGUCAAAGAUUACAUGCACGGGUUCUUCAUACAAUCGAAACUCUACCACAAACUCAAAAGUGUGAAUGAGUUUGAUUAUGAGGAGUACAGGAGUAAGAAGUUGCAGGAGAGGAUUGAGUCAAAGAGACAAAUGAGAGUCCCAAUAAGACAAAAACCAGUCAAAGUUAACCAAGAAUUCGCACAAAAAUUACUCAACAAAUCACAAAUCUCACAAACAAAGAUGAGUAAGAAGGAGAGGGAGAUGGCGAUGAUGGCGAAGUCGGCACUGGAGGAUGAAAGAUUCGCAAAGAUAUUCACAGACGAAAAUUUCACCAUAGAACAAAUUAAUACCCACUAACACUUUACACAUUUAUCAUAUAUUCCAUACAAUAUAUAAUGUACCAUACUUGAUAUACUAUACCAUAUA